UGUCAUUGUCUGCAAGGGUGAACCGCGGCCAUGACCUCCAUCAACUUGGCGCAACUACAACUCAUGAGGCAAGUAGCAGCGACUCCUGACACAUCACCGAUGUACAUGUAAACAACUGCCUUAGCCAGUGCAAUGACAAGGGGACAGUCAGGAGUGAGGAGUACAUUUUCAGUUCCAAUUUGUGUUUUGGGGAUGUCUCAGUCCGACAGCAGAGGGCUGGUGCUGGGGGUCCUGGCAGGGGCAGCAGGCCUGACCCUGGCUGUGGUGUGGUACCAGAGUCGCAGGGCCAGUGCCGGUGGCCGGAUGGUCGCCCAGGAGCUGUACCUGAACAGCAAUGACCGGCACGUGGGAGCCGGCAUGAGCGUGGCUCUGGCCGGGCAGAGGGAAGUUCUGGACCGUCUCGGAGCUCUGAUCCAGUGUGUGUCAGAGCUGAAGGAUGAGGUGCGUGCUCUGAAGACGGCGCUGCCACUCCUGCAGGACCAUGUCCGAGACGAGCUGCAGGGCGGCUCACGGCGGGGGGCGGAGUCACGCAGAGCCACUCCCACCCGGAGGAGGCGGAUCGCGGAGGCUGCCAGGCAUGAGGGACAAAGCUCAGAGGAGGCAGAGAGCGAGGGCGGCUACAUGACGGCCAUGACAGACUCCGAGGAGGACUCCGAGAAGGAGAGAGAGGCCGAGGAGAAAGAGGAGGAAGGCGAGGAGGAGAACCAGGAGGAGCCGGACGAGCUGACCGUCCUGCUGGAGAGAGCAGACGCCCUGCACGCCAUAGAGACGGAGAGGGGCGGUGGACUGGCCCCGCUGCUGGAGAGGAGAAGCCAGGAGCAAAGAGAUAGUGAGCAUAGUAAAGAGCAGAGCAGGGAAGAGGCAGUAGACCAGCAGAAUAUAGCGGACCAGCAGCAGAUAGUGAACCAGCAGCAGAUAGCGGACCAGCAGCAGAUAGUGAACCAGCAGCAGACAGUGGGCCAGCAGCAGAGAGAGGACUCGGCGGCAGAGAUGGGGGAAUGCCAGGUCACUCCGGUUCAGAGGCGAGGCGAGGUGGGCGCCAGUCAGGAUGAGGAGUUUAAAGGUGAUGAGAGUAAUGGUGAGCUGAGCAGGGCAGAGGUAGGAGAGCAUCUGAGGGCGCUGCUAGACAGAGCAGACUGCUUGCAUGCAGUAGAGGAAGACCGAGCAGCCGCUCUGGCCCUUCUACUCAGGAGGAGACCAGAGUUUCAACAGAACUACGCGUUCAUGUGGCGGCUGGCACGGGCCUACGCUGAUGCCCACGACAAGGCCCAGAACAGGGAGGAGAAGAAGGACAUGGCCGAGUCAGGGAAGAAAGCAGGAGAGGAAGCAAUCACAUUGAACCCCAACUGUGCUGAGAGCCAUCAGUGGUUUGCCAUAUUGUGUGGACAGUUAUCAGAGUAUGACACUAUCCAGAAUAAAAUCAAAAAUGGCUAUCUGUUUAAGGAUCAUCUGGAUCUAGCCAUCGAGCUGAAACCUGAGGACCCUCUCUCCUAUUACCUGCUGGGCCGAUGGUGUUAUGCCGUUGCACAGUGCACGUGGAUUGAAAGGAAAAUUGCUGCCACUCUUUUUGGAGAGCCUCCCAACGCAACUGUCCAGGACGCCCUGCAGAACUUCCUCAAGGCUGAAGAGAUAUGUCCACAAUACUCGAAAUCCAAUCUCGUCUUCCUGGCAAAGUGUUAUAAGGAUCUGGGCCAGAAAGAGCAGGCCAGAGAGGUGUGCAACACAGCAUCCAGCAUUGGCAACACUACUACAGAGGACGAUGAGGCUCAAAAGGAGCUGGACUCUCUUCUUCCCUAUCUGUAGCCCUGCGGUUACUGUAUUGCACUGAUCACUGAAGCAGAACUACAUUUUCCUGACCUCGACCUCAGGCUGUUACCAGCUUGACCCGCACGUUGAGGUCAAUGUGAAGAAAAUUGGGAAUAUUUUAAUUUUUUUUUGUCAGUGUGCUUUGUCAGUUACGUUUUUUACUUGGAUUUUGGAAGAACUAUUACCUUGGAUCUUGGAAGAACUAUUAACAAUGGGGGGGGGGGGGUUAGUACAACUAUGAACAUGUACAAACUAACUGCAGUGCAAAUAUUAGAUUAUUAUCAUGCCCAUCAUGUUGAUAAGGAACAGGAACUGACAAAAGUAAUAUGAUCACAGUUGUGUUGGGUGCACAAACAAGGAAUGGGGCCCUUUUGCUGAGUUUUUGUCUGGGUCACACCUGAUGGUGUUUGCUUACCUUUGAUACCCAUUAUGACUGAACAAAACAAAACAAAACAAAACAAAAAAAAACUGUAGUUUCCAGAAAGUUCCCUGGGAGAGGGGAGCAUACCCAGACUGGUACCCAACACCACUGAAGAAGAAGAGCUGUCUGGAUCGCUGAAACGGUUAUCUGCGUCCUGACCUCUCUGCCACAACAAUCCUGUCGGCUUUUGUCGUUUUCAGCACAUUUUUACCUCUAAUGGCAGCAGCAGCAGCAACAACCGGAAAAGGAAAACAAAAAAUGGGACCCAAACAAUAGAGCACCCAAACAAGGCUUUUCAUUCAGUGGCCAACACCUGACCCCUCCUGUCUGAUCUGUCCCUCUCUCUCUCUCUCUCUCUCUCUCACUCACUUUUUCUCUUUGUGUCCCCAUUUAUGUGGGUGUGGGUGUGUGUGUGUGUGUGGUGUGGGGUGGGGUGGGGUGGGGUGUGUGGGGGGGGGGGGGGGGGGCGCUUUCCCACUGGUCAACUGGACCAUUGACAUUUGCUACACCUUUGUCCCAGUUGUGGGAUAAAUGGGGCUGUCAGUCAGUGGCUGACCCCUCUGCCGCGAGGCCAGCGCUCCCGUCCUCUGUUUGGGGGUAACAAGCGGCUCCGUCGCCCCCCAGUGCACACCAGCACCCCGGCGCCUCACGCCCCUCGCUAAUCCGGCCAGCGAAGGAGAACGAGCAGGGGAUGGAGGCAGCUCGUCUGACAUUUUGUCCUUUUCUUUUCAUUCUUUAAUUUUUUCUCUCAGAAUGAGAAUCAUUGUUUUUACAUUCCUACUGCAUGUUAUGUCACAUGUUUUUUUAUCACAGUGACUGGAUUACUGUCAUUAUUACCAGUCAAUGCUGUUGUCAUGUCUUAAGAAGUCUGCUCAUACAAUUCUGAUCUUCUGGACAUUUAUCAUCGGAAGGGGAGAAAAGAGUAUUGAUGUACUCAAUUCUAUGAAACUGUACUGUAAAUUGUUUCUAUGGAUAUCAUAAAGUGUGCUAUUAUUGUUUGUUGGAAGAAAAAAUGUGGAAAUUGAAUGUUAGGGUUGCAUUAGAAGAGGUCUUGACCUAAUUACAUAUUUGGCCUUCCUGAGAUCAAAUUACUUGCAACAUGUCAACAUAAAAUAAGCGGUUUUAUGUCUUUAUAUUUUCCUUUUAUUUAGACUUUAUUUUUCCUUUAGAUUCUUAUUGUUGAGCAACAGUAAUGUUUUUGGUGUAAUUUGGAAUUUAGGCAUUUGGAGCUGCAAUAUUUUAUGAAUUACAUUACAAGGAAAUUGUAAUGUAAGUAAAUUACUAUUAACAAAAUUGUAUAUAGAAUUCUACACAGAUGAUUAUAUUUACAUGGUAAAGGUUAACAGAGCAAUUACAGGUUACCAUUAAAACAUGUUCAUCCAUCCUAUCACCCCACUCUUUGCCUCAUUCCUGGGAUUAUCCCAUGAUCUGACUCAGUGGUCUGCCAUCCAGUCAGAUUAGGACUGCAGUGUCUCCCAUCUGUGGGCACGUCUUUACACGAAAGACAUAUUCAGCAACACUACAAAUGGCGUCAGACUGAGAUCUACAUUUCCCUUUAUCAGAGAUGGGAUCAGUAGCCUACUAAACGCACAAGCAGCCCCAUUACGGCGCAUUUGUGUUCCUCUCCUGAUUGUCCCUCCUCAUCUUGUGGCAUCUUGAAAAGGUAUAAAAAUUAAAACAUGUUUACCACA